AUGGGUUCGCUUUCAUAUAUCCUCCCGCAAUUGGUUUCCUCCGAGCUCUUCGUCACCGAAGGCGGAAUCGAAACAACCCUCAUCUACAGAAAGAAUAUCGAUAUGCCUGGCUUCUCCACUCUUCCACUUCUCGGUACAGAAGAGGGCAGAAAAACUAUCCUCUCCAUCUACCAAGACUAUGUCAAUAUUGCCCUGGCCCACUCAACUGGCAUCGUCCUCGAAACUCGAACUUGGCGCGGCUCUCCUGUAUGGUCUUCCACAAUUGGCCUUUCCGUCGCACAGAUCGUCGAUCUGAACCGCACGGCAGUCAAGAUCCUCCGUGACCUUAGACACAUGACUGAGACCCCAUCCACCCCUAUCGUCAUUAGUGGGGCCAUGGGACCUCUUCAAGAUGCCUACAAGGAUUCCACGGACAUGUAUUCAUUCUCUCAGGCGCGGGAGUAUUAUGGUGUCCAGAUUCGCGCUUUCGCUGAAGAAGGUGUAGAUAUGUUAUGUAUCAUGACUGUAACAAAUCUGGAUGAGGCCACCGCGGCAGUGAGGGUGGCGCGUGAGUAUAAUCUUCCCAUUCACGUCUCGUUCAGCAUCGAGACAGACGGACAGUUGCGUGGAGGAAGAACCCUUGAAGAUGCGAUUAGAGAAGUCGAUCGUCUUACAGAGAAUUAUACAACAUAUUUUGGGGUGAAUUGUGCCCAUCCGCGUCAUAUUAUGAUAGCAUUGCAGGGUAUGUCUGACGAUGUGAGGUCGAGGAUCGGGUCAAUCCGAGGCAAUUCGAGUCUUAAGUGUCACGACGAACUUGAUAACUCGGUGGUGCUAGAUCGAGGCGAUAUUUCGGUGUGGGUUCAGGAGUUCAAUGGGCUUUUGAAUAUUUUGCCGGGACUGAAAGUGGUAGGGGGUUGCUGUGGCACGGAUGAAGAGCAUGUUGAUGCUAUCGCGAGAAGGAUUCAUUCUUUUAACUAG